AUGAAUUUCGAGCUGCCUGCAGAUGUACAGGACUUCCUAUCGCGUAUAGAUGCCUUCAUAGAGAAGACUGUCUUGCCUCUUCAGCGCGAAAACGACAACAACCGCUUCUUUGACUACCGCCGCGAAGCAUCACGGACACAAUGGGAUAACAAUGGCCUACCGGCAAAGGAUUGGGAGAUCCUGUUGCGUAAGACCAAGAGGCUCGCAGAUGACGCUGGCUUCUACCGUUUCGCAGUACCUCAAGAGUACGGCGGUUCUGGGAGUGCUUCGCUUAAUCUGCACAUGUGCGCCGUUCGGUACCACCUUACCUCCCAUCCUGUCUAUGGUGGAGGUGUCAGCUUAGCCAACGACCUACAAAGCGAGCAUAGUGUUGUAGGCAACAUUCCCUUUAUCAUUCUGAUAUACCACUACGGCACUCAAGAGCAAAAGGAUACGCUCAUUCCCGCUGCCAUCCGUGGCGAUGUGAAAGCCACCUUUGGCUUGACCGAGGUUCACCAUGGCUCAGACGCCACUCAUAUGGACACGGUCGCUCGUCGCAUUACCCUGCCCUCGGGCGAGCCUGGAUACGAAAUCAACGGCAACAAGAAAUGGCAGUCGGGCAUGCACCAUGCAAGCUACUUGACUAUUUUUGCGCGUACUUCCGGAAAGGCGGGUGACGCAAAGGGAAUCACUGCCUUUCUCGUGCCGCAAGACACGCCCGGCGUGGAGGUCGUCUCAUACCAAUGGACACUCAACAUGCCCACCGACCACGCAACGGUCGCGCUCAAUAAAGUCUGCGUGCCAACGUCUGCUAUCCUGGGUCCCAUCGACAACGGCCUCGCGAUCGCGCAGUCUUUCACCCACGAAAACAGAAUCCGCCAGGCGGCUGCGAGUUGUGGCGCAGCGAGAUACUGUAUUGACCGUAGCGUCGAGUACGCCAAUAGGCGUCAUGUGUUUGGAAAGCCUUUGUCCAGGAACCAGGCUAUCCAGUGGCCGCUGGUAGAGCUCUCGACACAAGUGGAAAUGUUGAGGUUGCUGAUUCUACGAACAGCCGUGGAAAUGGAUCGGGUCCACGCAGAGGCCAAAGCGACUGGAAAGGCACCUUGGGUCGCGAUUGAGAGGCAGCUUGGGCACAAGAUUGGGAUGUGCAACUACUACGCGGCUCGUCUGGCCUGCCAGUCUGCCGAUCGGGCUAUGCAGAUCCACGGCGGUGAUGGUUACUCAAGACACUACCCUUUUGAGCACAUUUGGCGUCAUUUCCGGCGAUAUAGGAUCACUGAAGGCAGCGAAGAGGUGCAGAUUCGCAAGGUCGCGGCGUAUCUAUUUGGAUACAAGACGACCGGGGAGGAGAAGACACAAUCUACGCCGAAACAGGCCAAGAUAUAG